AACUUGUCGUGAAAAGCAAAAAAUCUUUAUAUGAACAGUGAGCCAAAACGGUUUCAUUAGUCUUUUGAAGCCAGUUUUCUCUGCAUCUUACGAAAGUGAAGGUGUUUUGAGAUGUAUCUGCCUGCAGGAGCGGAGGAUUCCGACUCAGACGAUGACGGCUUUUAUAUGGGCACUGUUCACAACACGAACAGUAAUUUUGGCGUUACAAAUGGUGACAUAAACAGGAAAGAUCAUACACAAAACAACUUCCCUAUGAUUCCUGCAGGCGAAGAAUUUGACAAUGAAGACGGUGACGAGCUUGACUUUAAUACUGUUCAGGCGAGGUCAAUGAAAACGACGCCAGCCAAAAUUAAUAAGACAUCAAUUACAAAUAACGACAGUCAACAAAAUGAGAUUAGUUUAAACUCAAUGUCUGACAGAUCUGGAGUAGGCAGAGGUCGAGGGCACCUGUUGCAGAGAGGGAGAGGACGUGGGGGAUUUUCAAGGCCAUGUUUGUCAGCUAUCCGCAAAGGAAAAUCAUCAAGAAGGUUUAUAUACUGUCAUAGAUGUUUCUAAGAGUUCCUCCACCCUUGUUAUGUUUGUUGUUAACAUUUCAGUCCUCUUAAGAGUGAUAGAUCAUAUGAUAUAAAGGAAAUGGUCAACAACUAAAGAAGCUCUUGAUUUUAAACAAAUUCUCCUUGUCAGUACCAAAAGGAAAGUUUAGAGAACAGUUUGGAGAAUAUGAAGUAUCAUAGAUUACCUGGAAAUUGGCAUGAGCCUCUACCAACACCCAUGGUAAAAUUGGGGCUAAUUUGCAUAUUCUUUUGAUAUUUUGAGGCAGUACGUAUUAUUGUUGUUUCUAUCCAUUGAAAAUUUUUGUUUUUAAGAUUAAUUUGGUCUUACUUUUUGGAGUACUUACAUGAAACUGUCCACUGGCCUUCAAUCUUUCUGAUGUGCAUUUCUUGAGGAGAUUUGUGUUGUUUUGGUGUGAAUAUGUGAUCUUCUCUGCAACUAUUGCAUGUACAAUUAUCCCCCUACUCCCCCUGGGAAGGUUAACCUAUGGCAAGCAAACAGGUUAGUGGAAGACCAAUGGUAAAAUCACCGAUACUUGACAAUAUUUUCGAAGAAAUCUGCUUUGGAGUGACUUUCUUCUUCUUUGAGAGUAACCAUGGAGAGUUUUGGCUACAGCUUAUAAUUCUAAUCGAAAGUCUUUACUUUUUUUAGGAGUAAUUUCUCAUCAAACAAUUUAAAAGAAGCAGAGGCUAAGAAAGCUGCUGCCUUGUUAGCUGUGGAGGAUUUGAGAGUCGCAGUUGUGAGAGGAAAUACUGCUGCUGUUCAAAAAUAUCUGGACAAUGGUAAGAUGCAGUUAUGGCUUAUUUCUGUGGUAGUUGUAAAGAAUAUCUCUUCCCUUUGAUCAUAUCCAUUCUAGAUACUAUUCUGCAGCUCUUGAGGCUAAAUGGCUUUGUUUGUUUUUUUUUCUGAAAAUAGGAAUUGAUGUAGAUGUUCAGCUCAAAUCAGGAUGGACUCCAUUGAUGCUAGCCGCUAGUUUAGCCUUGCCAGAUAUGGUGGAACUUCUUGCUAAUAAAGGGGCUAAUGUAAACUUCCAGAAAGGUAAUAACAGUUCGGUUGGUGAAAGUUUCUUAGUUAACCCUUUACACUCUAACAUUGGUAUCCAUAUUCUCCAUACUGUUCUGUAUACAUUUCCUAAGGUGCUGACAAGGAGAAUUUGUUAAACAAUCACAAGCUUUAAAAAAGGUAAUAGUCAAUAUUAACAUUGAAAAAAAACUAAUCACAGCAGAGCAUCAUGCUUUAUGAGAUCAUGCAUAACUGGUCGACUUCAUUGCCUGAAGAAGACUAGCAGUAUGCAGACGAAACGUCAUGAUCUACAUCACAUGUGACUACAUCAUGAGACAAAUGAAAAACUUAGCUUUUAGUGUUAUUCACCACGAUGAUUAACCACAACCUUUUCUAUGAAAUCACAAGCUUUUUUACUAGAUGAUCAUUUCCUUUAUUCCUAUGACCUGAAUAUGUGAAUCAGAGGUGAUGUUUUGAGGAGAAAUUAGAUGCUUGUCACUCUUAGGGGUUAAGGGGUUAAGGUCACGGAAUCAUUUGCCAGUUCAAGCUAGUAUGCAUUGAACAUGUGGUACACAUAUUGCUGACCUGCAAUGGAUUCUCCUUGUCAGCACCUUAGGAAAUGUAUAGAGAACAGAAUGGAGAAUAUGCAUACUGAUGUUAGGUUGUGCAGGCUUAUUAACAUUUUCCUUUCAUGCUUGUAUUCAGAGAUGUACACUGUUCUGAUGGCAGUAUGUGCUGUUCCUAGGAACAAGCCAGAGGACCAGGUCCUGACAUGUGUGGAGUUGUUGGUGGAAAGGAAUGCCAGAGUCAAUGUAUAUGACAAGUAAGUGGGCUUAUCAAACUCCAGUAUCUUCUCUCAUUAUAUGACUGGCAGUGCUGUGUUUGGUCAAGAUACUGGUUAUUGCCUUGUUCUUUUUUUUUUGUGUGUGUUUUUAUGGAGCAUGCCUUUGUCUUGGCCCAUAGAAGUGCAAAAAAAUAACUCAGCCAAUAUCCAGCCAUCUUGACUUUCUGCUUGGUUAAUAAGGCAUAUAUAAUACUGUGAAAAAAGCUACUAAAUGUAGGCAUGAGGUGAGCAGAAAGAUGUGAAAUUUUUUAUUAAACUAGAUUUCGAAUGUCGCCCCUGAUGUAUGCUGCAAGGGAAGGAAGAGUUACAGUCUGUGAAGUACUACUGGAUCAUGAUGCAGAGAUUAACAAACAGGACAUGCGAGGCUGGACGGUGAGUUGCUGUUAAAGAGGAUUUCAUGAGCUCCAGAAACAAUUUGGUAUUGGUAUCUUGGAAGAUAGCUAAACCUCUUUAAACCACGCUGAAUGUCAAUUAUUUUGUUUUUCAGUCCUUGUCAUGGGCUGCUAAUCGAGGUCAUGGUAGAGUUGUGCGCAUUUUAUUGGAGCAUGGAGCGGACCCUAAGAUAUACUCCAAUGAUGGCCAGGUACCAAGUGAUCUUGCCUACUCCAGUGAGCAUCAUCGGGUUAGUAACCAGAAGUUUUUUCAUGAAAUCUGCUUAAAGAUUCCAUUUUUUAAACCAAUCAUUACAAUUAGAUGUAGAAUGAUGACACAUGCUUGACACACAUGCAGAAAUGUCUCACAUUUAUCAGGUUGCAGAUAUGCUUUCUUUAGCUGCAAGUGGGAAGCAGCCACCCAGUGAAGUGGCUCCACAACCAGUAGCAUCUUCAAAGUAAGGACACUCUGUUAGCUUCUUUCACAGGAAAUAAAUUAAUUGGUUUUUGUGUUUUACUAUGAGGCAUUAAGCCUGGAGUAGGAGUAAUCUUGAAAAUGUUUAACAGUGUUACACAACGUAACUCUUUUUGGUUCAUCCCCAGGGAUUGCUGAAAAAGAAUUUAUUCUUACAUUACCAAUACCCUUAGAAGCACUGUGUUGAUGGCAUAAUUGAACUUAUAAUAAUAAUUAUUACAGUCAAACAUGUAUUAAGCCAUCACUCACUAGGAAUGUCUUGGUGACCGACCACCAAAUACUGGUUAACCACUUUAUACAGGUUCCACAGAAUAGGGGUAUUAUAAUGAAAGGAUGAAAAUGUCGUUUUAUGCCAUUAUUGACCACUUUAUGAACAUCUGCUUAAUGCAGGGUGCCUGCCUAAUUAUGGUGCUGCGUAAGACAGGUUUGACUGAAGUUCUUGAACUGUAGGGCAAAUUAUGGAUGGAAGUACUGUGUUGUGUUAACUACAUGUAGUUCUUAAGCCUUAUUAUUGUUUUUUUCGAUCUUUUUGCAGAGUUCAUGUAAGCGAGGAUAGCUCCAGGUAAUUGCCAAAUAUUUAGUAGUUUAAAAGGCUAUUUUCAGUAAUGUUUGCCACAUUUGAUGUUUUCUCUAAUUGAUGUUAUUGUUGUAGAAUUAUGGUUAGAAACUUUUUUAAAGUAUGAUUGGAUGGAAAAACAACUUAAAAAAAAAAAAAUCUUAAAAAUCUAAGUAUGGUAAAAAUUAAAAAUUUGGGGAUUUUUUCUCAGUGCGUGUCAUUUGCUCAAUGUUUUGUACAUUUGGUAUAUGCCCCGUAUUCUUCCUGAAAGCAGCUCCAUGGAAUGCCUUUUGAUUAAUAAUGGUAAUAGGACCAAGUGGAGUCCAAUGCUGUCUCUUAUCAUAUGAGUGAUUAACAAAAUCAGAUGAAUGCAAAGUGGGAGUCCAAUUUUUUAAUCACAAGUAUGAUUACAGACAGAAUUGGAUGACACAAAGUCCUGUUACCAAUUAAUCAAAACUAUGAAAAAAUUUGAGAAAGAAACUAGACAUUGGUUGAAAAUAUGAGACAACAGCACAUGCUCAUGACGUGUUCUGUCCACUUACAUAGGCAUGACACAUGAACUGUCCUAUUUCGCUGUCCAAUUACAAGCAUGACAUGAUUGUACACUGUCUUAUUAGUGCUCGAAUCAGGCUAGUGAUGACCAAUCACAUUUGAGAAGUUUGUUUUAGUUUUGAUCAAUGAAAUAUAAGUGUCAUGGUGAUCUUGUUUCAUUUGAUUGCAGUUCAAUGAGGUAUAAUGACCUUGAAAUGUUCUUGUGUGGCCUGGAGUUGACACAUUUAUUGCCAGUAUUUCAGGUAAAAAUAAUAGUCUGUCUGUCUGUCUGUUUGUCUGUCAGUCAGUCUGGUUGUUGGUUAGUUGCAUGUUAUCCAUCAUUUCAAUGUUUAGGAAGUUUGUUGUUUGACUGACAGAGGGACUGACAUACUUAUUGUUUUUUUUUUUUCAAUGUUGUAUGUAAAUUAGUAUGUGUGUGACAAACAACAGGAACCAUGUAAAAUAUGCACCGUGAUUCUGAGGGUUAUUUUCAUAAAAUUAAGUGUGUAUUAUACAUGCCAGGUAAAUAUGGUACUGAAUCAAUCUGCUGGUCUGCUGCAGUCUGUACAUCACUGUGUCAGUCAAUCAGUCAGUUGGUCAGUCAGUCAGUCUAUCGCUCCUUUAUUCCAUCAGUCUGUCUAUGGGUCAAUCAGUUGAUCAGUCAGUUUAAGUCAGCAGUUACUUUUACAGUCCAACAUUGCAUCAGUCUUUCAGUCCGUUAGUCCUUCGGUCCUUCAGUUCCUUCUGUCAAUGAGCCAUCCUCAGUGAUUUUUGUCAGUCAGUCCCUCUACUCACAAAACAUUUAUCAAGCAGAUAAAUCCCUCAUACAUCCAUGGCCACUCCUUAGUCAUUGGGUCAGUUAGCAGGCUGACAGUCCUGUCUGAAUUAAAUUCCUUUUGUUUAGGAACACAAGAUGACUUUUGAGGAAUUCCUUAAUCUGACUGAAAAGGAGCUUGACCAGGUGUGAAUGGGCUCUAUACAUGUAGAAUAUAAAUUAUUUAAAAUACUUAUGCAUUGAUCAUGAUUGGAAAAAUAUUGCAUCAUUUUUUUCCAUUUGUUUCUACCCCAAAUAUCUCUGUUGGUUUUCCUAACAGGGAAUAACUGUUCCGGGUAGAGAGAAACUCUGCCAGAAUAACCUGUCUUGCCAAAGUACAAGGCAAAGGUGCUGCUUAAAACUCAAACCUGUUCGUCUUGUUUUUGACUCUGGCAUUCCUUCCUACUAUGUCUAUUAGAGUAACACACUAAGAUUGAUUUUUAAAUAAGUGGGGAAAAUCUGAGAUUGUUUUGGUGUUGCUUCACUUUUUCCUGUGAUUGACUUCAAGGAGUUGCAUCAUCACUGCAAACAACAUGAGCAAAACAAAAACCAAUUGCAACUUAUUUAUCCAUGUUAAUGUUUUUGUAUUGUAUCUUGGAUUCUUUGUAAUAUUUCCUUUGAUCUGAUUGGCUGCUGUGACCACUUUGCCUUUUGUUUUGCAAUCCUUGAUUGAGAUGCCGUCUGUUUGGAUUUGUAAAAAGUCGAACCACUUUUUUUUAUUUUGCUCGUAAUAGAUGGGAAUUACUCAAGUGGGUGUGCGAACAAAGAUAUUAGAUUCCAUAAGAGAUGUUCACAAGAAGGAGUGGGAUGUGACCAGCUUACAGUCAAAGGAAAAACAUAUUUUAAGGUGGAAUCUUCUUUUCUGUUCUGACGUCUUGGAGUAGGUGUGUCAUCUCGGUGAGGCCUGUCAAGUCAUAAAUUGUUUACCUUUUCAAUCUUAUAGUGCCUCAGAAGUGACAGUCAUUUUGGCCAAUGUGUCAAGACAUUUGGCGUUUGUCAGGAGCAGUGUUUCAUAUGUACAGAAACACUUAAAUACCAUAAAAGAACCUCUGGAAUUUGUGCAGGUAUAAUUAACUUUAGUGUAAGUUGGUGUAAUCAGUGACCACAAUGUUUUUUUCCAAAGUCUUUUCAGUGGUUGGAAGUUUAUUUUGGGGAACCAGAAGUGGUACCAAUAGAACAUGCCUUUGUCACCUGAAGAGUGCCCUUUUUUUCUUUGAGUUUCUAUGUCUUUUUAAUUAUCCUUUAUAAUUGUUAGCUGGCACAGAUUAGGAACUCAAACCAUGACAAACAUCACUUUGAGCUUGCAAAAGGUUCCUUAAGAUUAAGUUGCACUCUCCUCAGAAACACAAUUGAAGUGUCAUUGAUAACAACUCAGCAAAAUGUUACACUUGCAAGAUUGUGGGUAUGAAUUCUUAAUUUUCCUGUCAUUUUCAGGAUGUUACAGAAGCUGAGGGAAUGGAAAUGUACUCUAAGGAGGCUGUGGACACUGUUGAAAGUUUAAAUGAAGAACUCAACACUGUGAAGACAAGAAUUUCCAAGGUAUGUGAUGGAUAACUUUAUGAUUAUGUUAAGAGUCUUUGGCACCCCUUAUUCCGUGUAAUGUAAGUUGCAGAAUAUUGUUCAAAAUAUUUUAUCUUCCAACAUACAGAGUCAUUUAGACAUACACAGAGCUACACUGUAAUUGAUUCACAGAUUGGCAUUCCAUGGCAGUCUAAGAAAACAAUUUUACACUUAAUUUGUAGUUAACCCUUUAAUUCUCAGAUCAAAUUUGUGAUUCUCCUUACUGUCAACCAUACAAACAUACAUGGUUUAGUUCAGAGAAUUUAGUAUUGGAUCAACUAAUUAUCCCCAAAUUGAUAUUUCUCUUUAUUCUCAUCACUUUUCUGGUUGAUAUUGUGUUGAUAUUGUAGGGAAAAAUUGUUUUGGUCACUCAUGGGAGUUAAAGGGUUAAUUUUUAUCAUAGGAUUCUAUUUUGACAUUUUUCUUACUUAAUUUUGACUACUUUGUUUUUUGUGUUCAAUUUUGCGUACUGAAGACACAAUCUGCAACAUUUCAAACCAACAAAAUUUUCACACUACACAUGAUUUCAAAUAGAAUUGGUCACAUCUAGUAUUACUGUUACACCAGAUGGGUAGACAGUUGGUUGUUACUAGUCAUGAGGCUUACAGUUCAACCUUUUUUUUGCCAUUGGCAGAUCAAGUGUAAGGUGUUCAACACAAGUCCAGACCUGAUAAAUGAUGAGAAACCACAAGGAACCCAAUCUUCUCUAAGAAGUGGCUCUUUACUUGUAGCAGGAGUGGCAAUUGUUGCACUGGGUGCAUUUUUGUUUCACAAGGCAUGGCAUAUGACAUAA